AUGCAGUUGAGACAACGUGAUGCCAAAGGACGUUUCACUCCUCGCAAUAAGAAAGUCGUCAAGGCAGCGGAUCGCUCGAGAUCUCGCUCGAGAUCCCGCUCGAGAUCCCGCUCAAGAUCCCGCUCAAGAUCCCGUUCCGUAUCUCGUCGAAGAAAAUCCAAUAAGCGGAGCAGCAAGAGCGCUCGUCGUUCAUCGAUCUCACUGCGUACCGCUAGAUCGCCAAGCGCCUCCUCCAAACGCUCGACAUCCCGUCGUUCCGUCAUGAGAAGCACCUCUCGUCGCACGUCAUCUGCCCUAUCGUCACGUGGAUCCGUCUAUGGACGUACUGGACGCUCUCGUUCUCGCUCCUCCAGGCGUACUCGCUCAUCGUCUCGCUCUUCUGGCUCAAGAUCAUCUCGCUCGGCGUCAUCGUCUCGUAGGUCGUCUCGCAAGUCGUCUCGCAAGAUGAAGAAGAUGGCGAAGAAGCCGAAGGAGCAGUUGAAGGUUGAGGUUCGAGAGGACAGAAAUCGAAGCAAAAGUCCGAAAGUGCGUGCUCAAUCGAUGAAGAAGAGUACUCCACGUAGAAAAGCCAAGGGUUAA